CGCGUGCGGCGGCUCAGUGUGCGCAGGCGCCCGGGCUCGGGCAGUUGGCCCGCAGCGCGCGGCGCGAGUCUGUGAGCUACAAGGGUACCACAUCUAUUGGUGUUCAGAUGGAACAGCAUCCUACUAUGAACAGAAAAGCCAAUGAGGAUGGUAAUGCUGUACCUCUCUGUCCAGCUAAGCCUUCUCCCAGCUUUAUUAAUCUUCAAGCAAGUUCCCCACCAGCACCUUUUCUGAACAUCCAGGCAACACAGCUGCCCUCAGAAAUUGACCAAAAACCCAGGGAAUGCCUUGGACUCCUAGAACGUAUGUAUGCCAAUCUGCAGCUUCAGACCCAGCUCGCCCAGCAGCAGCUGGCUAUUCUGGAAACUUUACAAGCAUCCAUGGCCCAACUGGCUCCUGGGAAGGAAAGCAAGAAUGCAGCUCUCCCAGCUUUAACUCGCUGUCUGUUGUUAAGGCACCUGCCCCAAUUCAGUAAAUGAAUUGUGG